AUGCUGGUAGACGUUCGCCAUAGCUUGACCGGAGAAGUACUGAUGCAGCUUGAAGCCAACAGUGACCUUUCCAGGUGGGAAGUGAUGGCCCAGGUGGCUGUCCACCGAGGACUCAUGACACCAUACCAAGUCGCUGUGAACCCUGACCUUGUUUCCAAGCAAGCUUCGCCUCUGCACAUCAUAGCAACACGUUCGGCGGCUGACGGUUGUGAAGUACGGAUCAUUGUGCAUCCGUUACAAUAUCCAACAGCAGCACAGUACCAUCGGUUGAUGGAAGCACUAUAUAGAAAAGAUGCAGGAGAGGUUGCUAAGCUCCUUGGAAGAGGAUUAGACCUCACGUGCCUCGUCCCCCCAGGAGGCCAUACCAGUGCGCUGCUGACAAUGGCGAUGUUGAAAGACCAUGAUAGGGAGCCAUACACAACAUCCAGUUCAAGUGUCUCCCUAAAAUACCCGUGUCCAGAUGCCUGUCUCACAUUUUUACUAUUGCAGGCCAAAGUUGAUCCCAACAUCCUCCCGCCGAAGCAGCAACCAACGACCAUGAUAGGGUUGGCAGUAGCUUUGAAGAACCAGCCCCUCGUCCAAUUACUAUUAGACGCCGAGGCUGAGGUUCAUCCUGAUGAAGCCACAGUCCCACCGCUAAUCAUUGCUGUGCUCCACCAGCAUGAAGGUAUUGUGCAGGCAUUACUGACUGCCAGAGCUGACCCUUGGCGGAGCACGCCAGUGGGCGCUCUCCUUGAUUGCCCAUGGAGCAAGUGGGUCCAUCCAUGGACGGAGCCGGUUAGUGCCGUGCGGGUGGCAGCAUUGCAAAGCCCAUCACAGACAAUGGUGGGCAUAUUGAUGAAUGCACCUGCCCGCAUAGGCUCGUGGGAGGCAAGUCAGCCCUUGCACCUACCAGUGCCCAUAAGCAUGGCUUACUCCGAGCGAGCCAUGAAGUUGCUCACCAAAGUUAUCGAAGAUUACCCACGGCGCACUGGCCCCCAUCGACCACUUAUCGGACAUGAGUCGCUGCACUGGCGAAAGCUAAUGGCAGGGCUGUAUCUUCCCAAGCUACCGCCUGGGUGGCUGCAAUCUGAAGAUAUUUCGGCUGCCAAUUGCUACCUGCUGCGGCAGAUGGAUUAA